AUGUGCUACGGCUGGCCCGAAAGGGGCUCCUGUCAGCCCUCACAUAGUCGGGGUCAAGUGCGAAAGGAAGGAUUCUCUCACGAAAAAAUACUCGAGAUCGUGCAACACUUGUGCACAGUUGGAGUUUUCGAGUCCGAAGACCGGGCUGACGCCGAGUUUGCUGAUCCAUGUCCGGUGCAACAGGAUCCUGUCCCGAAGCUCGAAACGCCCAAGGCCAGCAGUUCAGAGCCUGUGAGGAGUCCCUCGACGGUCUCCGACGCGUCUCAGGAAAAUACCCAGGCUGUAAAGGGGGGAAAGAGCGCGCCGCCCGGUUCUGCGACUGACAACCACGGCUUUACACAAGCUACUGCGGUAUUCAAGGAAAACUUCCCCAAGCUUCCUGACAACGCGUUGAGCGUUCCACAAGACACGCUUCGACGCAUCUUUGCCCAACUCUCCGAGCUGAGGCAUACCCCUGUGCAUAGACUGCCCAUCACCGCAGGGGAUACUAGUCGCAUCAUCACGUCCGCGUUGAGUCUAGCCGAAGCGUUGCAGGAUACUGCGCGUUCGGCGGUGCUGGCAGAGCUCAUAUCUGAGGUUGAGGAAGAAGCUAGGGCAUUGGGACAGAACAUCGUAGCUCUCGAGGCCCGCAUCACACUGGAGCUGGAGGAUGUUGACCGAGCCCGUCGAGAGCUUGAUGCCGAGGAGCGCAGGAUCCUUGCGCAGCAGACGGUCGAAGAUUGGGAGUGCAGGAAUGUCAUUCGAAGUGUACUGAUGGAUUCUGAGAGAAAAGUCCUCGCGGAUGACUAG